CCUCAUGCUUGAGAAGAUUGGAGUGCUGACACAGAAUAAAAAUGUGUUGAUCAAAGCUAAGAAGGUCACAUAAUUUUAUCUAUAAUCAUGGAUGGGUUUUGCAUCUUAUGAGGAAAUAUAUCGGGAAAAACGUAGUUCGUCCAGGCCUCAUGAGGUUUGCUACUGCAUUCUUGACUUUAGAUUGCAUGGCCACGGUAAAAGAUACCCUGCAAAGAAUGUUUGUUUCUAAACAAUGGACUUCAAGUCAUUAUGCAAAUUUAGUUGAGGGGAAGGAGGUUAAAAAGAUUGUGAUGGAUGACAACUUUUUGGCCUGGGGUUGCUUACUUAAUAAAAACAACAAGACCAUUAACAAAGCGGAUGCACAAGUGGAUAAAUAUCGAUACAAGCGUAGACUUUUUUGAAUGAGGGCAGCUCAAAAUUCAUAUAAAACACGUUCCCCAGUGGAAUGGUGGGAUCAAUUUGGAGAUCAUAUUCCAGAACUACGGGCUUUUGCGGUCAAAAUUCUUGGCUUGACGUGUUCUUCCUCAGCUUGUGAACAAAAUUGGAGCACAUUCAAUCAAGUCCAUACAAAGAGAAGGAAUCGUCUUUCAACCAUUAAGUUGAAUAGUUUGGUAUUUAUAAUGUUCAAUAAGAAUUUGAAGUUUCGGAAGAGCCGAUUACAAAAGAAAGAGGAUAAUUUGAUCUUCAAAAAUAUAUCAUCGGAUCUGAUGAUGAGUGGAUUGCUUAACUGAAUGCAAAUGAUGGAGAAAGUGCGGAUGCACGUGAUGAACUUGCACUAGUUGUUGAUGAAAUGGACAACGAAUUCAGAGGGGUGGACUUACGGUUGGAACUGAAGAAGAUAAUGAGGC